AUGAGUGGCGCACACGAUCCUCAAAGAAUCUCUGCCAAAAGAAGUCCAUCGUCUCGGCUUUCAAGCAUAACCAUACAACAACCAUGUUGCAGCGAUGACAGGAGUUUCGCGUCUCUUCAAACUCCGAGAAGGGAAGGAGAGCUCUUAGCAUCUCCAACGCUAAAGGCGUUUACGUUUAACGAGCUAAAGACAGCCACUAGGAAUUUCAGACCAAAUAGUGUCAUCGGUGAAGGUGGUUUUGGUUAUGUCUACAAAGGAUGGAUCGACGAACGCACUUUAUCGCCUUCAAAACCAGGUUCAGGCAUGGUCGUUGCUGUCAAAAAGCUUAAAGAGGAAGGGUUUCAAGGACACAGGCAGUGGUUGUUGGAUAUUGGUCGAAGGGUGAUUACAUUCGGCUUUUGGUGUAAGAGUACAUGCCAAAGGGAAGCUUGGAGAAUCAUCUCUUUAGACGUAAAAACUUGUCCCCCAAGUGGGGCAGAGCCGAUUCCGUGGAGAACAAGGAUGAAAGUGGCGAUUAGUGCGGCGAGAGGACUUGCUUUCCUUCACGAUGCUCAAGUCAUAUAUCGAGACUUCAAGGCCUCCAAUAUUUUACUUGAUUCGGAGUUCAAUGCGAAGCUUUCUGAUUUGGGAUUGGCGAAAGAAGGGCCAACAGGAGACAGAACACACGUAUCGACCCAAGUGAUGGGAACUCACUUGGGUCGGAUGCUAUGCAGCAUCCGAAUUCGUAUCAACUUAUUCAGAUGCUAUGCAGCAUCUGAAUACGUUGCCACUGGUCGGAUAACGACCAAAAGCGACGUCUACAGUUUUGGUGUGGUCUUGCUCGAGUUACUAUCGGGACGUCCAACUUUAGACAAAUCGAAAGUAGGAGUGGAAAGAAAUCUGGUGGAUUGGGCAAAACCUUACUUAGGAGACAAAAGGAAAGUGUUUAGGAUAAUGGACACAAAGCUUGGAGGACAGUACUCUCACAAAGGAGCUUGUUUGACUGCUAAUACUGCGUUGCAAUGUCUUAAUCAAGAGGCUAAGUUGAGGCCAAAUAUGUCUGAUGUGUUAUCUACUCUUGAAGAGUUUGAGAUCAUGUGCAAGUCGGGUUCUACUUCAAAAUCGGUCAUGACAUUGUCAUCUUCUUCCUCUUCUCUAUCGGCAACACGAAGAGUUAGAGCUCCUCUUGCUGAUCCGGUGUUGUCUAGUAUAAGAUGUCGACGUGUUCGGUGAAGUAGCAACCGAAGGUAAUAGUUAGGCCUUCUGAGUGUAUAUGUACUUUAUUUGUGGAAAGGGAGCUACUGUGUCUAUUUGCAUUUUUGACUUUUCCGUACAUUAUACACAU